AUGAUCUUAUGUGUGGGUCCGACGGCGUCGGGAAAGACAUUACUAUUAAAACGACUUCAAAACAUUGAUUCCCAGAUCGCAAACUAUUUGGACAUUCCCUCUACGGUCUCAACCGUUGGAACUAAUAUUGUUUUCAUUAAAUCAAAGACUAAGACAACGAACGUUGAAGAAGUCGGCGGUUCUAUGGAUGAGAUUUGGCACCAAUACUAUGCCGACAGUCAGGCAAUCAUUUUUGUGAUCGAUUCAACUAAUUUGUCCACAAUUGGCAAUUCAUGUGUUUCGCUCUUUCAGAUGGUGUCCGACAUUAAUGUCAAGAAUACUAAACCAAUUCUUAUAGUUCUCAACAAAACGGAUAUCAAUUGCACAGCGAAUAAAGAGGAGAUCCGAUAUCUAUUAAUGAUCGACAAUUUGAUUGAUUCACUUCCCAAUCAAAGAAUCCAUGUCUUGGAAGUGAGUUGUGUUACCGGAAAGGUGGUGGAAUACAAGACGGCUAAACCCAACUCGAUAUUCAUGAGACCGUACGGCGGGUACCUAUUCCUCGGCAUUGUUGGCGCCGUCAUAGUUGGCCACCAGUUGAGGAUCAGAUACUUUCCCGGCGGAGACCGAAUACUGGCCAAAGUGGCACAGUUUGGAUACAAACGGCAUUUGCAAACGAAGCCCGAUAUUAAAUAGUUUAUUAGUUUUGUUAUGAAAAUUAAUUAUAUAUAAAAUCAAUUCAAUUGUAUUUAAGCGAUAGAUCUUUGAUUAGUUGUAAAAUAGGCUCAAAAUUGUUUUCACUGCAAAUUGUAAUCGCAUUUAGUUUUGUGUUUUCAAAUAAAUCCGUGAUUUCGCUCUUAAA